UGUGUGUGUGUGUGUGUGUGUGUGUGAUAUACUGUAUGACAUAGCCGCAUUAUCAUCAGUCCGGCUUCGUAUUAACCUUGAGGUUAUUAACUGUGCUCAAUGUGUUGCCGUGUUGCAGAUUGUCUACAAAGUCACCAGAGAGAUUUGUCCCGGUGAAGAGCUACUGCUGUUUAUGAAGGCUGAGGAAUAUUCAUAUGAUAACAUGGCUCCUGAUAUCCACGAGGAGAGACAGUACCGCUGUGAAGAUUGCGAGCAGCACUUUGCGUCCCGCACGCAGCUGCUGGAGCACCAGAAGAUGCCCUGUGGGCUGCCUCAUUCCUCCUGCCACCACACAGGAGUGGACAGCGACCUGGAGGCCAAGGAAGCAGAGGACCUGAGGCCCCUUCACCUGGCACACGGCCCCUACGAGUGCAAGGAAUGUGACCAGGUGUUCUCCGAUGUGCAGAGCCUGGAGAUCCAUGCGCUGUCCCACUCUGAGGAGCGCGAGUACAAGUGUGACCAGUGUCCCAAGGCCUUCAACUGGAAGUCCAAUCUGAUCCGACACCAGAUGUCCCACGACAGCGGCAAGCACUACGAGUGUGAAAACUGCUCAAAGCAGGUGUUCACAGACCCCAGUAACCUGCAGAGGCACAUCCGCUCCCAGCACGUCGGGGCCCGGGCCCACGCCUGCCCCGACUGCGGCAAGACCUUCGCCACCUCGUCGGGCCUCAAGCAGCACAAACACAUCCACAGCAGUGUCAAGCCCUUCAUAUGUAAGUCACUCAGACCCUACCUAUGUGAGGUGUGCCACAAGUCCUACACCCAGUUCUCAAACCUGUGCCGCCACAAGCGCAUGCACGCCGACUGCCGCACGCAGAUUAAGUGCAAGGACUGCGGGCAGAUGUUCAGCACCACGUCCUCCCUGAACAAGCACCGACGCUUCUGCGAGGGGAAGAACCAUUUCACGGCAGGGGGGCUAUUUGCUCCAGGUAUGCCCCUCCCCGGGGCCCCUGGCAUGGACAAAUCCGUUCUCGGGGUCAUGGGUCACACCAGCGCUGGCCUGGCCGAUUACUUCGGGGCCAACCGCCAUCACGCCGGAUUGACUUUCCCUGCGGCCCCGGCGUUUCCCUUCAGCUUCCCCGGUCUGUUUCCUUCCGGACUUUACCACCAGCCCCCCCUUAUCCCUGCCACCCACUCCGCCAUCAGACGGCCGGGACCCAUGGGCGCUCCUGGCGCCGACCUGAACAAAGGUCCGCUGUUGCCCCCGAGCCCAGGCGCCCAGGAGGCCCGUGACCUGCUGAAGUCCCUCUGCAAAGAGGACGGCGCCCUGGGCCACCACCGCCACCACCUGCUGCCGGGCGCGGAGCCGCUGCCCCAGAGCUCCUCCACCCUCUCCAAGCAGAGGAACAAGCAGAGCGACCAAUCGGAGAGCAGCGACCUGGACGACGUCAGCACGCCCAGCGGCAGCGACCUGGAGAGCACGUCCGGCUCGGAGCUGGAGAGCGACCCGGACAGCGAGAGGGAGCGGCGCGGGGGGCUGGAGAACGGCAAGGGCCCCAAGAGGAAGGCCGGCGGCGGGGAUCCUCACAGCCCCGCCCUGAAGAGCAUCAGCGCCGCCGCUAAAGACUUGCACGGCUCUGCCAUCUUUCCCCCCUCGCUGGACGAGCACACGACCGUGUCGGGAGCCGUCAAUGACUCUAUCAAGGCCAUCGCCUCCAUCGCCGAGAAGUACUUUGGCUCGGCGGGGCUGGCCGGACUCCAGGACAAGAAGGUGGGCGCCCUUCAGUACCCCUCCAUGUUCCCACUGCCCUUCUUCCCGGCGUUCUCCCCUCCCGUCUACCCCUUCCAAGACCGGGACCUCAGACCUUCCGUGCUCAAGGGCGAGCCACCGGCCGCCCCCGAGGAGGCGAAGAAGACCCAGAGCAAGUCCUCCUCGUCCUCAGAGUCCCCCUUUGACCUGACCACCAGGCGGAAGGAGGAGAAGCCCGUUCCCUUUCCCGCCACCGCCAAGACCGAGGCCUCCGGCGCCACCAACCCCGACCAGCCCCUGGACCUGAGCAUGGGGGCCAGGGGAAAGGGCCGCGGCGGCAAGGAGGAGGAGCAGAAGAAGACGCCGGCCUUGGUCGAGGAGAAGCCGGCGCUGGAGAUGCCCAAAGCCGACGCCUCUCUGCAGCACGCCAGGCCCACGCCUUUCUUCAUGGACCCCAUCUACAGCAGGGUUGAGAAGAGGAAGAUGGCCGAUCCGUUUGAAGCUCUGAAAGACAAAUACAUGAGGCCGGCUCCAGGCUUCCUCUUCCAUCCACAGUUUCGUAUGCCAGAUCAGAGAACAUGGAUGUCGGCCAUCGAGAACAUGGCGGAGAAGCUGGAGACGUUUGGCUCGCUGAAGCCAGAGUCGGGGGACAUGCUGCGCUCCAUGCCGUCCAUGUUUGACUUCAGAGCCCCACCUUCGGCCAUCCCUGAGUCCCUGCUCCGCAAGGGGAAGGAGCGCUACACCUGCAGAUAUUGUGGGAAAAUCUUCCCACGCUCCGCUAACCUGACCAGGCAUCUCAGGACCCACACAGGAGAACAACCGUAUCGGUGUAAGUACUGCGACCGCUCCUUCAGCAUCUCGUCCAACCUGCAGCGCCACAUCCGCAACAUCCACAACAAGGAGAAGCCCUUCAAGUGUCACCUGUGUGACCGCUGCUUUGGGCAGCAGACCAACCUGGACCGCCACCUCAAGAAGCACGAGAACGGCAACCUCUCAGGCACUGCCAUGUCGUCUCCGCGCUCCGAGAUGGACAGCGGAAGCGCCAUCCUGGACGACAAAGAGGACUCCUACUUCAACGAAAUCAGAAACUUUAUCAGCAACACGAACCAGAACCAGACGUCCCCGGAUCCUUCAGAAGAAGGGUGAGCCUCCAGUCCUCGGUGUACAUCCAUUUAACCUCUGACUUACU